CAUAGGAGUAGAAGCAGAAUAGGACAAGGAGUAGAAGUCGAGAUAGAAAGAAGAGAAUUGAAAAACCAAGAAGAUUCAUCAGAAGUUUAAGCCGGACUCCCAGUCCACCUCCCUUUAGAGGUAGAAACACUGCAAUGGAUGCACAAGAAGCCUUAGCUAGGAGGUUGGAAAGGGCAAAGAAAUUACAAGAACAACGAGAAAAGGAAAUGGUUGAAAAACAAAAACAACAAGAAAUAGCUGCAGCAGCUGCAGCUACUGGAGGGUCUGUCCUCAAUGUUGCUGCCCUGUUGGCAUCUGGAACACAAGUCACUCCUCAGAUAGCCAUGGCAGCUCAAAUGGCAGCUCUGCAAGCCAAAGCUUUGGCAGAGACUGGAAUAGCUGUACCUAGCUAUUAUAACCCAGCAGCUGUGAACCCAAUGAAAUUUGCUGAACAGGAGAAAAAAAGGAAAAUGCUUUGGCAAGGCAAGAAAGAGGGGGACAAAUCCCAGUCUGCUGAAAUAUGGGAAAAAUUGAAUUUUGGGAAUAAGGACCAGAAUGUCAAAUUUAGGAAAUUAAUGGGUAUUAAGAGUGAAGAUGAAGCUGGAUGUAGCUCAGUUGAUGAAGAAAGUUACAAGACUUUGAAGCAACAGGAAGAAGUAUUUUGAAAUCUAGAUGCUCAGUAUGAAAUGGCAAGAUCACAGACCCACACACAGAGAGGAAUGGGAUUGGGUUUCACAUCUUCCAUGCGAGGAAUGGACACAGUUUGAAAAAUACCACAAUUUCAAAGUUUGAGACUAUAUAGACUUCUUGUUUGGAUGUCAGGUCCUUGUUCACCAAAUAGCUAGGAUUCUAGCUUGCAUGGGUGUUGCAUUGACUUUAAUUUAUUGAAAAAUACGAUUUUUUGUAAAUAACAGAUCAGUGAUACUGGUGUCAGUGUUGUAAUCAGGUUAAACCCACUUCCAUUAAAGUUGACAGAACUAUAGAAGGACAAUAUUUUUAGUUCAUGAAUUCUACUUUUCAAACAUAUAAAAGCUGCAGGUGGGAUAUAAUCUCAUACAUGGAUUUUUUGUGUCCGCUGUCUUGUGUACUUUUGUACUUAACCUUGUACAGUUAUUUUCAUCUCUUGAAACCUGAAAGAAAUGUUAUGUAGAUGUUCUUUAGAAGAUCCAGCCAUUUGGCGUAUAAUCCAGCACAAAGAAGCUGGGUGGUGAUGAUAAUAAAAAUGGUUUUCUC